UGAGAUAAAAAGAAGAUGCCGCAAAAUAGCCUUUACAAAAAAAAAUAGCAAAAAGAUUUAUGAUAUUUCUCAAAAUUUCUCAAAGCAAAGCUAUUUCUCAAAAUUUCUGAACCCUCUCCCUUGAAAACACCGCCGGUACUGUGUGGCAUUCGUUGGUAGCUGCAGGUGGCGUCGGAAUCUUCUUCACGCACACACUCAGCCGUAUGUAUAAAGAAAUUUUCCCGAUUUAAUUACGGAAAACUCGCCCUUUUCUACUUUGUACACCCUAAUCAAUAUCCUUCUGGAAGUGGAAACUAAAUUUCUUUAACCACAGUAUUUAAUUUGAAUUUGAAAUCCGAAGAAGGUGAGUUGAUUCAACUGUGGCGAAAAUGGAGGAUGGUGAAGAAGAUGAGUCCAGAGGCUUGGAAAACGCAUCAUCCUCAUCUCUGCAACCCAAUUCCAAACCUAAUAGAGUCACUAAGGAGCAGUUCUCAAAAUUUCAGGAGCUUCAAAGGAGACGACUUCAGAUUAAAUCAAGGUCAAAGAUAAGAAAGAAUACAAAAGAUGCGACUGGAAAAUCUCAACUCAACCAUCUGAAUACCAGUAAUGAAGUUAAUGAAGCUGAACACUCGAGACUUUCCAAUUCUGAUGUUGAUUUUGGGGAAAAGAGCUCCCUUGUUCAGCAUGACAAGACGAAAACUACGCUUCCAUCCAAAAAGCUACACAAAUUACAUUGGGGGCUUGACACCAAGGAACCAUGGGAAAGGAAGGCAAACAUGUAAAUAUAUAUAUAAUAUAUAAAUAUAUAUAUAUAGGUGAAAUGCAGCUGCCAAAUGCUGUAGCAUGGGAUUGGGAUUUGGAAAUUGAAUGAUACGACUCGAAAGACCUGAAUUAUGUGGAAACUUACACGGUGAAGAAUGGAUUAAAGAUAGAGAAGCUGUUGCAAAUUCUUGGGAAUUGCCUCUAGGUAUGAUGUCUUUGCCUUCUGUGUUGGCAUAAAACUAUUACAUUUCAAGAUGAUUUAACACUACUUAGAGAACCAAUUUUUUACAAGGUCGUAUUAUAAGUUUACCCUUCAAGUUUAAUGAUUAGGGAGUGUGAUUUUAUGUUGCUUUUGCUUUUAAAACUGUUAACAAAAUCAUCGGCAUGACAUGUUUAAUUGACAAAUAUUGGUUAUUUGGCA